AUGGUUUCAUUACAAGGCUCAUUACAAAGGGGUCCAACACCACCAUCUGCACCAAAUCCAGGCACCCACAUUCCAACUUCAACAUUUGGCCAAAAGGCCUUUGUGAGUCAUGACAACAAGUUUUCAUUACAAGGCUCAUUACAGAAGGGUCCAACUCGGCCAUCUGCACCAAAUCCAGGCACCCACAUUCCAACUUCAACAUUUGGCCAAAAUGCCUUUGUGAGUCAUGACAACAAGUUUUCAUUACAAAGCUCAUUACAGAGGGGUCCAACACCACCAUCUGCACCAAUUCCAGGCACCCACAUUCCAGCUUCAACAUUUGGCCAAAAGGCCUUUGUGAGUCAUGACAACAAGUUUUCAUUACAAGGCUCAUUACAGAAGGGUCCAACUCGGCCAUCUGCACCAAAUCCAGGCACCCACAUUCCAACUUCAACAUUUGGCCAAAAUGCCUUUGUGAGUCAUGACAACAAGUUUUCAUUACAAGGCUCAUUACAGAGGGGUCCAACACCACCAUCUGCACCAAAUCCAGGCACCCACAUUCCAGCUUCAACAUUUGGCCAAAAGGCCUUUGUGAGUCAUGACAGCAUGGUUUCAUUACAAGGCUCAUUACAAAGGGGUCCAACACCACCAUCUACACCAAAUCCAGGCACCCACAUUCCAUCUUCAACAAUUAACCAAAAGGCCUUUGGAGGCCACAAUAUGGCUCUUUUCAAAAGCUCACUAGCAGAGGGUCCGGUUACUCCAUCUAACCCUAAUCCACCCACCCACAUCCCUUCGCCUAAUUAA